CGAACAUUGAAGUACUAUCGAAGUCAUGGCCUUCACAUGCCAUUGCUUUUGCUCAAGUAUCCUCCUUCCGUACCGAUAUUGGAUCAAGGAGGCUAUGAUUAUCGUGCGCUUCUUUCACUGCCGAAUGGACGCGGGACCUCUGACGGGCAGUAUGAUGAUAUGUGGCGUGAUAUUGUCUUUUUUCGUUUGUGGCGAUUUCGCGAAAGCGGCACAGCCAGUCGUGACAACUUCACUUGGCCCCGUUGCCGGGAAGAUCAUGCACGAUCAUGCUAGGGUGUUUUUGGGCAUCCCGUUUGCUGCCGAUACGGGUGGUUCUCGGCGGUUCAUGCCUCCUGCACCGCGCACGCCUUGGGAGUCUGUUCGGCCAGCUGUCGAUUUCGCACCGGGCUGUGUACAGGCAGGAGAUCAGAAGGGCGCUGGGGCUGACAAUCCCCCAAACCAGUCAGAAGAUUGUUUGAACGUCAAUGUUUACGCACCGCUGGAAGCUCACAGCGGGUCGCGACUACCAGUGCUUUUUUUCAUACAUGGAGGCGCUUUUGUGGAAGGAUGGAACGUGGGGCCACAGCAUCUGUAUGACGCGUCCAUAUUCGCCAUGACGCAACAAGUGGUGGUAUGUGUGCCCAAUUACCGGCUGCAGGCGUUCGGGUUUUUGAAUUUGCCGGAAUUCCAGUUGGAGGGGAAUUACGGCUUAAUGGACCAGCGAUUCGCUUUAUCGUGGGUUCGUGAGAACGUUGCAGCCUUCGGCGGCGACCCCGCACGAAUCACCAUCGCUGGGCAAAGUGCCGGUGCAAUGUCAGUCGGGAUCCACAUGUCGAAUCCGCACGCCAGAGGCCUCUUCAGCCGCGCCAUCAUGCAGUCGAAUCUGGGCGCUUUCAAAUAUAAGACGGCAGAGGAGCACCGGCCACUUGCCAUGGCGUUCGUGCACCACGCUGGCUGCUCACGGCUUCCGUCUGAUCAAACCGUCGAAUGUUUGCGAUCAAAAAGUGCGGACGAGCUCAAGACAGCGGUUUCCGAGGCGGAGAGCGACGUGUUUGCGACAUUCAAAGGCACAGUUGCCGAGUGGGGGCAUCUUCUAGACGUCGUACUCCCUUGGACCCCGACAGUAGGAGGUCCAGAACUGCCCAUGCAAGUGCAGGAAUCUUUCGAGCAGGGUCAUGCGGCGUCUGUUCCGCUACUACACGGGACUGUCCAUGACGAAGGCCUUACUUUCCUCGGGUAUGGUUUGGAAAAGUCGAGCCGUUUAAUUACAGGACUGGAGUACGGUCCCGUCAUAGGCAUGUUAUUUGGUUCGGCUGCUGGAGAGGUGAAGUCUAGAUAUCCUUCACCUGGGCUGUUUGAUAAUGCAUGCCAUCAAAUUGGUAGAGUUGUGACGGACUACUGGUUCAAGUGUGGAACGCAAAAGCUUGCAUUAUUCAAUGCGCAAUCUGGGGCAGAAACUUUCAGUUAUCGCUACGUUCACCCGCUCACGGCUGCUGAGCUGGAGCCGUUCAUGCCCGCGAUCCCAGAGAUAUGUGUAAAUAGCACGUGCCAUUCUACAGAGGUUCCAGUUGUGUUGGGCUCAUUUUUUCACGCAGUCAUCCCUAAUCCCCAUGAGCUCGUCAUCAUCACCCAAAUGAUGGAUCUUUGGGGAUCGUUCGUCCACGGUCGCACGCCGACAUCACCCGGACUUGCAAGUUGGCCAAUAUUUAAUUCAACCCGCGUUACGCUCCUGCUCGGCGACCGCGUUAGAAGCGAAAGUGAGCGUGAACUGUGCGAGUUCUGGGAUACCCUGAAGUAUCCGCGCAGCCCGCAGCGGGAUGUUGUGCAGACAGGCGUUGGGGCCGCCGGCUCAUCACCUGCCGCGGGACAUCUGAUCGAGGUGUUCGACGUUUGAAUUCGACGGUCUAGUUUCUCAGUUUCCCCAACAGAUGCGAACGGCAUUGCCCCAA